AUGUCUGGCAGGAAGCAAUUUGGCUUCGGUCGCGAGGAGCUGGAUGGUGGGGCGAGCUACUACGAGGGCGAGUUUAAGCUCUACCUGAGAAGUGGACACGGAACGCUUGAGAACACAGAGACGGGGCUGAAGUACGUUGGCCAGUUCGAGAUCGAUAAAUUCCAUGGCAGGGGCCGGCAGGUCUGGCCCGAUGGUAGCGUCUACGAAGGCCAGUGGCACACCGGCAGGAAGCACGGACAGGGCACUUACAUCAGCCCGGAGAACCUCAAGUACACAGGAGAGUGGGAUGAUGGAAAGAGGCAUGGCAAAGGCGUACAGGAGUAUGCCAAUGGCGAUACCUAUGAUGGAUGGUGGUACAACGGACAGUGCAGCGGCCUUGGCGUGUACUACUUUUCCGACGGCUCGCAAUAUCGGGGAGCCUGGAGCCAUGGCAAAUAUGACGGUGAGGGCAUGCUCUUCUCAGCUAAUGGGGAGCGGGAGCGCAUGACGUACCUGAACGGGCGACUGAUGAAACGUGAAGUCCUGACGCCUUGCCCACCGCCGAAAGUUGGCAGCAGAACGAAGCCGGGCAUCUUCUGCGGCAUUCAGCUCUCGCAAGAUCGGGUAGAUGCGCUGAUGCCGACCGUGCGCAAGCAGACCCAUGGAGACGUGCAGUUGCUGAUCAAGAGGGACUGCGACAUGUACGACCUGUCUGCCCCUGCGAUCCGCCUUCCGGAGCAAAAAUCCACCAGCGUGAAGAUGCCGGAUGACUUGAUGGGCACCUCCAUUGAGACAGUGAGUGGCGGCGACACCUUGGGCGAGUUCAGUGUUCUGACAUCUGGUCCGUCCACGGAUGAACCUACCUUCCUCACAGGGCCUUGA